AUGGAUCGUGGAUACUCAUAAAUAUCCUUAAAAUAUUAUCAUAAGAAAUUAUGCUUGGGUUGUAUUUAAACUGAAUAACUUCUGCAUGCUGAGUAGUUCUACUCGAAACCUGCUUAUAUGUAGGAUUAGCAACAUUGCCUCCUGAAUACCCAGACUUAACAUCUAAUACACCUUUAACUCUUUGAAAAAUUGCUUCUAUACACCAAAAGCAUCCUCCUCCUAAUGUAGCAACUUAAAAAUUAUCUUACAUAAAUGUUAUUUUUAAAUUUAAGCUAUGUGUUUAAAUAACGUAGACUUACUUAAUUUCAAUCUUUGUCUUUAUUAUUUUUUAUUAAAGUUUUUUUAAUAAUUUUCUUUUUUAAUUGA